UCACGCGUCACCGUCCGCGCCGCGGCACCGCCUGAACGCUGCAUCUGCGCCUCUGGCGCCGCCGGUAGCGCGCUGCGGUAACAUCGACCGUUGGCAAAAGCUGCCGCUCCCUGUCCGGAGCGACAUUCGCCGCCGAGCACCGCUGCGGCACCGGCGGCAGAGCGCAGCGGAACAUCGCGGAGGCAAGCGCCACCAAGCGCGCGAAGGACCCAGGACGUCGUCGACUGCCGCAGCGCACAGCUCGGAGACGCAUGACGAAGAACGGAGGCUGGCGCCGCAUUCUUGUUGCUCGCCGCUCCAUCGCCGCAUCGACUUUGCCAUCGCGCACGCUUGACGUCCAGAGCAGCACUAGCACCGAUGCUUUCCUGCCUGCCUGCUGCCUCACUCGAUGCGUGCGCUCCAUGCCGGCUGACCGCUGCCAGGGCCAGGCGCUCAAAAGACAAGGCCGGGUCGCAUUCAUGCCCCCACCGCGCACCCUCUCUCCUCUUCUUCUCUUCGUCGCGCUGCUGGCCAGCCUAUCUUUAUCCUUCUCCGUGCCCACAUCUUCUUAGCCUCCUAUUCUUACCCUCGCUCUCUCGGCCCGCACACUCCUUGAUCCAGCCCUCGCAUCGCCGCUCUCGAGCGACGUCGCACAGUUGCAGGCGACCCUCGGCCCGCUCCUGCGCCGCCGGCACGCUCGAGCCGCCGGCAUCUCAGCGCCUCCGCCGUCGCACCAAGCGCGCCCUUGUGCUUGACCUCGUCCGUCCGCCUUUGCGCCGCAUCGGCGAUUUGGCCGCGUGCGCCUCCACACGCUCCGCGCGCUGCCGUGCGUCCGCACAGCCUCUUCGCCCCUCCGGCACCUGCACGCCGCUGAGCUCAGGCUCGACUCGUAGCAGCUGCAGCAGGCGGCGUCGCUUCGCCGUGCCCUGCUCUGCGCCCACUCUCCUUUCUUAACGCCGCAAAAAGCUACACCCUCUGCAAUCGAGCUGCAAAGUGCGCGUCGUGGUCCCUGACCCCUCGUCACUUUCCGAGGCCGACGCGCCAACGUGUAAGCAGCGUCACCGCGGCAGCGCGCAAGCCACACUUCGGCACGCGCUGUGUUGCACCGCCCCUCUCGGGACCUGAGCUGCCGCUGA